AUGGCGGACGUUGGACCUCGAGAUGGGGUCAGCCCUACUGUGGAGACAGUGUCUCCAGUCAAUGUUGACGUGAAGGGUGUGAACGUGGAAAAGAUUAUGGAUAGCUCAUCCGGAUCCGAUGCCGAGCAUGGUCACAUUGAACGAGUAAACCUGAACAACAACGCCUCUGCAAGAAUCAAGAACCCUCUAGCAGACCUCACCCCACAGGAAGUCCUCCGCGAUGUGAGUGAGUUUGCUCAAACACAUGAAUUAACUGAUAUUCUUCCGGUACUCGAAAAGGGUGCUCUUGUCGCCCGUGACCCAGCCAAUUUUGAUACUGUUGAAGGCUUGACCGAGCUGGAGGCUGAGGCCAUUCGAAAUGAAGUGCUUCACAAGUGGAAGCAGCCAAUUGCUCUUUAUUUCACUAUCAUUCUGUGUUCUAUUGGAGCUGCUGUUCAAGGUUGGGACCAGGAAGGUUCCAAUGGAGCAAAUUUGUCGUUUCCAGUUGCCCUUGGUAUUCCAGAAUCGGGACCGAACGCCUCUCGUAACGAGUGGCUUAUCGGUGUUGUUAACUCUGCUCCAUAUAUUGGCGCAGCAGUAAUCGGCUGUUGGUGUUCGGAUCCAUUGAACCGUCUCAUUGCCCGACGCGGAACUAUCUUUGUUUCCGCCGUCUUUUGUGUCCUCUCUCCCAUUGGUGGUGCUGUAGCUCAGACUUGGCCUCAACUUUUCAUCACUCGUAUCCUUCUGGGAAUCGGCAUGGGCUUGAAAGCUUCAACAAUCCCUAUCUUCUGCGCAGAGAAUGCUCCAGCGACUAUUCGAGGUGGUCUUGUCAUGUGCUGGCAAUUGUGGACUGCUUUUGGAAUUUUCCUUGGCUGCAGUGCAAACUUGGCAGUGAUGAACACAGGGGAUAUCUCGUGGCGACUGCAGCUAGGAUCAGCUUUCAUCCCCGCUGUUCCCCUGCUUUUUGGUGUAUACUUUUGCCCCGAGUCUCCUCGCUGGUAUAUUAGGAAAGGUCAGAUGCGCAACGCAUAUCAAUCUCUUCUGCGUCUUCGCAAUGCGGAAAUUCAAGCUGCCCGUGAUCUCUACUACAUCCAUGCUCAAAUUCAGGUCGAGAAUGAGAUUAUUGGCACUAGCAACUACAUUACUCGUGCCAUUGAACUGUUCACCAUUCCUCGUGUCCGCCGGGCAACUUUAGCCUCGUUCGUGGUCAUGGUUGCCCAACAGAUGUGCGGUAUCAAUAUUGUCAGCUUUUACUCAUCUACCAUUUUUACCAACGCCGGUGCCACGGCUGAAGGUGCCAACUGGGCUUCCUGGGGUUUCGGCCUGGUUAAUUUCGUGUUUGCAUUCCCCGCCAUUUUCACCAUUGAUACCUACGGACGACGUGCACUGCUUCUUUUCACCUUCCCCAAUAUGACAUGGACCCUUCUUACAGCCGGUCUGUGCUUCCUGCUUCCGGACGGCACUACCAAACAAUUGGCCUGCGUCGCUCUGUUCGUGUACCUGUUCGCCGCUUUCUACUCCCCCGGCGAAGGCCCAGUGCCAUUCACAUAUUCAGCGGAAGUCUUCCCGCUUUCACAUCGUGAGGUCGGCAUGUCGUGGGCUGUAGCCACCUGUCUGGGAUGGGCGGCCGUUUUAUCCAUCACUUUUCCCCGCAUGCUUAAGGCGAUGACUCCAGCCGGAGCUUUCGGUUUCUACGCUGGACUCAACGUCACUGCUCUAGUGAUGAUAUUCCUGUGGAUGCCCGAGACCAAGCAGCGCACUCUCGAAGAGUUGGAUUACAUCUUUGCCGUUCCAACUCGUCGCCACAUGCGUUACCAGGUGGGCACUGCUCUCCCAUACUGGAUCAAGCGUUACAUCUUCCGCCGCAAUGUGACUCUCAAACCCCUGUAUCACUUUGACCACAUUGCCACCGAUGAGGCUAUUGUGAAAAGCUCGGCUAAAUGA